UAUAUAUAAAAUAUAUAUUGAGAACCCCGGUUACUGGACACUCCCAAACCUUUCUUUCUUUCUGUUUGUGCAAAGCUUACAAUGGCUGCCACGAACGAAUGCAAACUAAGCCAUAAUCAAGAGCCAAAAAUCCCAGUCUUCACUGUCUUGAAGAACGGAGUCAUUCUAAAGAACAUCUUCAUCGUCAACAAUAACAUUCCCCAAAUCCCGACCCAAGAACACGAUGAAAUACUAAUCGUCGGACGACACCCUGAUUGCAACAUCAUGUUGACUCAUCCCAGUAUCAGCAGAUUCCACCUCCAGAUUCUUUCCAACCCAUCCUUACAGAAGCUCUCUGUAAUCGAUUUAUCGUCCGUUCAUGGGACUUGGGUUGCGGAGAAGAAGAUUGAUCCAUGUGUUCGAGUUGAGCUGAAGGAGGGAGACUCUCUGAGAAUCGGCGGUUCGAGCCGAGUCUAUAGGUUGUACUGGAUUCCUUUCAGCCAAGCUUAUGAUUUAGAAACCACGCAUGUAUCCGUACCCGAUGUUCCUAAUCCACAAGAAGAAAUUGAAAUGGGAUUAGACCGGGAUGAGAACUCUAUGAUGAUCGAGAAUAAACCUAUUGAAGAAGAAAAUAACUCGAUGACAGUGGAACCCAAAGCAAACGAAGAAAAUUGUGAGGAUAACAAUCAUUUAUCAGUAGUAAAUAAAGACAUGCAAUCCCUGGAUUUGGUUGUUGAGGAUAUGAGUUCAUUAUUUUCUGAUGAGAGUUCGAUUAUAACUGUGAAAAGGGAGAUUCCAUCAGCACCUCCUAUACCUGAAAAUCCAGUUUUUGUAAUUCUGGAUGAAAAUGAUGAACUUGCUGAAAGCCCACUAAAAGAUGUCACUGAACAUAAUGAAAUCCCAAUCCUUUGUAAUAGGCUUUUUGGAACCGACUCAGAAAUUUUAACUUUGGGUUCAGAUUGCCAUUCAUCUUCUGUUAAAGAUGUUUGUGAGAUAGUAAUGCAAGAGAGGUCUCCUAUAAGACUAGAGGAAGAAUUUAAUCAAUUUGUAGGCCGUCAUUCCUCAUUUUCCAUUGAUAAUGAAGAGAAGGUUGAACUUGCCUCUCAACCAUUUGAGGAAACUGAAAUUCAACGCAUUGACAUAGAAAACCUUACCCCAGAAACUCCAGAUGUGGAAUCACUAUCUCUUCAAGGUAAGCUUGAAAAUUACACAACAGAACGAAAUUCAAACUCAUUGGUUGACUUUAUUUCUGCAUUCUCUGAUGGCAUUCCUGUAGCUUCUGAAAGAAUUGAAGAAGCUGAAGAGAAGGAUGUUUCAGUAGAUUAUUGUGAACCUUGUAUGGGUGAAUUUGUAAAGUUGUUUCCAGCUUGGAAGGAUGUCCAGGAAAUUACAGAUGACAAAGAAAACCAAACCCCGCCGUCUCUCUUUGAGGAAACUGCGAACGAAAGCCUGGCCAGGAAAGACUAUGAGCAGAAAGAUGAACCAUCUUUGUUGCUUGGAUCAGUCUUUGCUAAGACUGAAACUCAACAAACUGACAUAGAAAGCUUAACCCCAGAAGCUCUUUCUGAUGUAGAACUAUCUCUUCGAGGAAUGAAUGAAAAUUAUACAAGUGAACAAAAAUCAAACUCAUUGGUUGACUAUAUAUCUGCUUGCUCUGAUGGCAUUCCUUCAGCUUCUGAAAGAAUUGAAGAAACUGAGGACCAAAGGCUAUACAUGAAAGGUAAUGAACAGAAGGAUUGUGAACCUUGUAUGGCAGAAUCUGUAAACUCAUCUCUGCCAGCUUGGGAAGUUGUCCAGGAAAUUGCAGAUGACAAAGAAAACCAGACCCCACAAUCUCUCUUUGCUGGAGGAGGUCUACCUCAAUCAGAAAAAACAAGGAAUUCUCCAUUAAGAUCAGAUAAGAGUCCAAGCUUUGGAAGCAUUUGGUCUAGGAGGGGUAAAGCUGCUAGUGUUAUUUCCCUUCGAACCGGUAGGAAUAGAUUAAAAGCUGUGCAAGGUGGGUCUGAUUCUAAAGCUGUGCAGCAUAAUCAGGAGAGUACUGAAGAAAAAUCUAUAACAAAGGAAAUGUUCACUUGCUUGAACAGGGAGGAAGAGCUCUUUACUCCAGAUAAGGAAAAUUUCAUCCCAACUCUUUUACAACAGAAGUCCUCAAGAAAGAAAGGUACACCUUCUGGUGUUACCCAGCUUGGAACAACUAAUUGCAGAUCCGGAACCAAAUGGGGUGCUGCAGAUAAAUCAAUUUCAAAGGAACUUUUCUCUCACGUUGAUGGGGAAGAAGAAGAGAUUUAUACUCCAGACAAGGAAAAUUGUACCCCGAAUACCCUUCUACUCAAGUCCAUAAAAAAGAAGGGCACGCUAGAAGAAGUGAAGCAUUCUAUAUCAUGCAGAAGACCCUCCUCAAAGAUUACUUCUAGCCCCAAAAUGCACCCUGAAGGAAACUUAAAUUCCUUUUCAAAUGAGGAGAAUCAUUCAUUGAGAGUUUUACAAGAACGGAAAUUUGUGAAACAAACUAGCUCUGAAAAUCAGGUGGAGGUUGAAAAAGAACUUGUCUUUAACAAUAGAAGACUGGAAAUGAAACGAGUUCCAUUUCAAUCCCUACUUGUAGACACUCUAGAAAAUCAGGUGGAGUUUGAAAAAGAAUUGGUCUUUAACAAAAGAAGACUGGAGAUGAAACGAGUUCCAUUUCAACCACUAGUUGUAGACGCUGUAGAAAAUCAGUUGGAGGUUGAAAAAGAAUUGGUCUUGAACAAAAGAAGACCGGAAAUGAAACGAGUUCCAUUUCAAUCACAAGUUGUAGACACUGUAGAGAACAGCAGAUCAGAAAUGUUGCGCCCUAGUUCUCCUACAAGAUGCAGCUCUUCAGUAAAUUACACUCAUACUGUUGACAAGGUUACUCAUCCAUUCUCUAACAUCUCCGUCCGAGGGGAUAAGAGGGGAUGGACCAUAGUUGUGGACACAACUACUCUUCUGAACAAGGAUUCCAGGAAGGCACUGCAGCUUUUGCAAGGUCUAAAGGGGACUCGGUUAAUCAUUCCAAGAAUGGUUAUAAGGGAAUUGGAUUGCUUGAAGCGGCAAGGCAGUCUAUUCAGAAGAAAGCCUGAGGCUUGCCUGGCGUUAGAAUGGAUUGAGAAAUGUAUGACAGAAACAACAUGGUGGAUUCAUGUCCAGACCUCAGUGGAAGAUGGAAGGCUGACUGCUUCUACUCCCCCCGCCACUCCUAGAUCUCCAUUUAGCCAGGGAAGUGGGGGCUUUUACCGUGGAACAAACUCGCUUUUACCGUGGACUUUAAUGGAAAUUCUUUCCCCAACAACAGAAGACCAUAUCUUAGAGUGUGCUCUACUGUGUAGGAAAAUGAGACCUGAUGAACAGCAUGUCCUCCUUAGUGACGAUCUUACUCUAAAGAUCCAAGCGAUGGCAGAGGGUUUCAUCUGCGAGACGGUCCAAGAGUUCCGAGAGAGUCUGAUGAAUCCAUUUUCUGAAAGGUUUUUGUGGGCUGACAGUUCUCCCAGAGGGCAAACUUGGUCUGUCUUAGAUGAUGUAGUUUUGAGGGAGAAGUACAAUCGAUAUCCCUCGAAGAAGUCUUCCAAAGGAGAAAGUGCUAAGGGUUUAAAGCUCAUUCUGCUCCACAAUUCUCAUUAUGGACAGAGAAAAUAUUAGCUAUAUCGUUUCAAUGUUAGCAACACAGGCAGGAUUAAAAAGUGCUAAGGGUUUGAAGCUCAUUCUGCUCCACAAUUCUCAUUAUGGACGAGAAAAUGUUAGCUAUAUUGUUUCAAUGUUAGCAACACAGGCAAGAUUAGAAAAAAAAAAGCAUUUUGGUUGAAAUUAUUGUAUGGGAGUUUAAGUUUCUUUUGCCAUUGUUAUAAUGUGUGAAUGCUUUUUCACCAUCUUUUUCUCGAAAUUAGAACAUCUCUUAAUUGGUAUAAAAAUGGCAGAGGAUUUGUCGCA